AUUAGUCGCCAAAAAAACAACACAAAAACGUUUUAUUUCUCUUCUGGGUGUAGUUCAUCUUUCCUCCUCUGACGGCGCUAAACAAACGUCAUCGAUCAUCGCAGAAGAAGACGGGACUUCCGGUGAAAACAAACACGUGAAGGAGAAGAGAUCAAGUCAGCGGCCGCCAUGACUCGGUGGGCGAGAGCCAACAAUGUCCACAGAAACAAACCAGCAGAGGCCACGCCCUGGAGUCAGCUGAGGGGGCGGGGCUCAGGGGGUGGGGCUCGGGGCGAUCCUCUGAGGAAGACUCAGGCCGGCGGCUCCUCAUCAAAGAAUCGGAAGAAGAAGGACUACACCAACGAGGAUGUGAACGGAUUCCUGGAGUAUCUGAAGGAGAGCGGAGCUCCUCCCCCUGCAGGGAGGCCGGAGCGUCAGCAGGAGGAGCUGGUGCAGGAGGUGGAGGAGGCCCUGAAGAGAGACACGAGGAGGGAGAACCGCAGAGUGAAGAGGCAGAACGACAAGAAGAACAAAAUGCUCUGCUUCAACUGCAGGAAGCCCGGCCACGGCCUGGCCGACUGCCCCGAGGCCGACGCCGACCGGGACAUGGGCCGGGGCAUCUGCUACCGCUGCGGCUCCACCGAGCACGAAAUCCACAAGUGCAGGGCCAAGGUGGACCCGGCUCUGGGUGAUUAUCCCUACGCAAAGUGCUUCAUCUGCGGGCAGACCGGACACCUGUCGCGCUCCUGUCCCGACAACCCCAAAGGGCUUUACGCACAAGGAGGUUCCUGUCGUCUCUGUGGGUCUGUGGAACAUUUCCAGAAGGACUGUCCGGAGCAUCAAGCUGCCAGGAUGAACACGGCCGUGCGGGAGAUCCGCGUCUCAUCCCAACCUGGCUCCUCCUACUUCCUGCGUGUGGACUGGAAGGGGCGGAGCUUAGCUUCAGGCUUCCGGGUGCUGCUCACUGAUGGACAGGAUGCCUGGAGAGGAGAAGUGGGCGAGGCCACCAUGAGCGGCGAGGCAGCGGAGCUGGAGAUGACCAUGGAGAAGUACAUCCAGGACCUGGAGCGGGCGCUGACUGGAGCAGGAGAACCGGACUCCUACAGCUUCAGUCUGAGUCCAGAAGCGGCGAGCGGCGGCGUGACGCUGACCUACGAGAAGAUGCAGAAGGAGAUCUCGUUCCGACUGGGCUCCGUUCUGCUGGAGGCGGAGCUUCGGCCGGCGGAGGCGCUGAGGCAGCUGCUGCUGCACAGCCUGCAGAGAGGAAACGGGCUCCAGAACCAGAACCAGAAGCUGCAGGAGGAGAACCAGCGGCUGAGGGGGGAGCAGCAGCGGAUCUGUGCAGAGCUGCAGCGCUACGCUGGCGGGAAGGAGGCGCUGGAGGCGGAGCUGUACUCUCGCUUCGUCCUGGUCCUUAACGAGAAGAAAGCAAAGAUCCGACAUCUGCAGGACGGCCUCUCCAAGCUGCAGGAAGCCAGGAACUCAGACGGACAGAAAAGCAAAAGUUCUGAGAGGUCGACCCGAUCAGCUGAGGAAGAGGAGGACGAAUACGGAGGCAGCACCGAUGAAGAAGAAGCGCCGUCGUCUCCAACUUCAACUCUACCAUCCAGGAGUUCCCGCCCUGACAGCCCAUUGGACGACAGCCUGCGUGACAUCACAGACGUGGCCCCGAGCCGCAAACGCCGCUUCCGGCACCUCGGGCAGGAUCCGGCGGGAAAACGGCCGGUCGCGGAGGCACGGCAGAGGGAGAGGACGGGCCCCCCUGCUGGAUCCAGUAAGCUGCAGACCCCCCAGCGCUCUGCAGACGCUGCAGCAGCCGAGGAUCUGUUCGAGGACUUCUGAGAUGCUGGAGAGGUUUUAGAGGCUGAAGGUCUGAUUCCUACGAAGAAGAGACGCUCUGACCACCGACCUGCAGAGGGACCUGCAGAGAGACCUGCGGAACAACCUGCAGGAUGACCUGUAGAGCGACUUGUAGAUUGAUCCCAGAAUGACCCGUAGAACGACCUGUAGAACAACCUGCGGGAUGACCUGUAGAGCGACCUGCAGAGGGACCUGUAGAGCAACCUGAGAAACGACCUGCAGGAUGACCUGUAGAGCGACCUGCAGGAUGACCUGUAGAGCGACCUGUAGAACGACCUGUAGAGCGACCUGUAGAACGACCUGUAGAUUGACCCCAGAAUGACCCGUAGAACGACCUGCAGAACGACCUGCGGGACGACCUGCAGAACGACCUGCGGGGCUCACAGGAAGGCGGUGGAACUUUGUCACCAGUGUUUUUUUUUUUCACUCUUUCUUCUUCUUUGUUGUUUCUGGUCUUUGAAUCAAUAAAGUUUUGGUCUCAAACGUU